AUGGAGCCGGGCUGGGAGCGGGCGGUGAGGGCAGCGCUGUGUGUGACCGGGAUCGGGCUGUCGGUGUACGCCUACCAUGUGGAGACUUCCCGGGAGAGAGACCCGGAAUACACCGCCCUGUGUGACAUCAACCCCGACAUCAGCUGCUCCAAGGUCUUCACCUCCAGGUGGGGUCGUGGCUUCGGAUUGGUUGAAGGUAUUUUGGGAGCACAGAGUCUCCUCAAUCAGCCCAAUAGCGUGUUUGGAAUCUUAUUCUACGUCCUACAGAUAGCGCUUGGAUUUGUGUCUUCAGUGGCCGCGGCUGCCACCCUCCUAGUGACAUCACUGGUGUCCAUUGCCGGCUCCCUCUACCUGGCCUACGUCCUCUUCUACAUCCUGGAGGACUUCUGCGUCAUCUGCAUCACGACAUAUGUCCUAAACUUCUCCCUGCUGCUGCUGAACGCGGUGCGACUGCGCUACCUCACCGCCAAGCCUCAGAAGAAGAAGAAGAACAAGCGCAAGACGCACUAA